AUGGUUUCUGAAUGGAUGGAGGAGGAGCUGGAUGUUCUGAGGAUGGAGGCACACCAGGCCGAAAACAUGUACGAGGAUGCACUCAUGGAAAAACGGGAACUUGAGGAACAAGUACAGAAAAUGAAAUCAAUCAUCGAGGAUAAGGAAAUAAGCCGGAUUGAAACACCGGAACUGUUCACCCCAACUACUGCUGUCUCAAGCACUUUUAGUUCAAUACUAGGGAUACCAGGCACACCUGCAAACACUAGACAAACGGAGGAGACAUCCUUGGUAACCGCGAAGGAAACUAAGAAAAGACAACAGGCAGAUUUCCAUCUAAUGGAGCUUCGUCAUCGUCGUCAGGGCGAGACUGUAACCCUGCAAGAGCUCGGAGCCAGUGUGAGAGAACUUGCAGCAUUGGCGUACCCGGAGUUCUCAGACAAGAGUAGAGAGAGACUGGCGAAGGGACAUUUCAUGGACGCCGUGAAAGACAGAGAAAUCAGGGAGGGUAUUUUCCGUUCAAAGCCUGCCACCCUUGAUGAUUCGAUCAAGGCGGCGUUGCAAACACAGAGUUUCCUGCAGACAGAGGAUCGUAGGACUAGCGAUAAGGCUAGGAAGUUUGCUAGAGUACUAGAAGGCAAGGACGAAAUUACGAUGAAGGAACUGAAGAGAGAGAUAAGAGAAACACAGGAGUCCAUGGGACAAGCCUUUGGAAAAAUCCAGUCGAUGCUACAGGAUAUCAGUAGGGGUAGCCAGGAGAAACAAGUGGGUUAUGAUUCUGGACCGAGAUCUGGAAAGGGAUGGAAAGGCAGAACACAGGACGUGUGUUACAACUGCAAAGCCUCGGGACAUUUUGCUAUGAACUGUCCUGCACCAAACAACGACAAGUGUUACAGUUGCAAGGAAAAGGGACAUAUUGCACGGGACUGUAAAUCACCCAAACGUGAACAAAAUGUAGAGUCGGGAAACGACAAACAGCCUUCCCCGGGGUCCAAGGGUGGGCUGACGAUUCGAAAAGACCACAAACAAUAG